UUGCAGGGUGCAAUUAUCAUUAUCGUUGCCAUUCGGUACCUGUGUCGGUGAUAUCCAACAAUUGUAUUUCUUUUGCGAAAAGGUGCUCUGAAUCGUACAAGAUGUAGUCAAUGAUAUCAGUGUGGAACUUUUCGACACACGCCUGUCGAGAAGGACACGAAGAAAUACGGUAGAUGGUGAAAAACGAACGGCAUGUCUUCCAAAGAAAAACCAUGAGAACUUCCUCACCCUCCUCCAGCACGAGUUCCGUGUACACCAGUGCCGACGAUGCACGUCGGUGCACCCGCUACGAGAAGAGCCAGUUUCUCGACUUGGAGGAUGUCGGAACUACAUGGCUCCUCGGUUCGCAUUCCUCGCAUGAUAAAUCCAAACGAAUACUCGAGAAAUGUAAAAUAGACAAAUCAGGAUCUCGCGUACAACAUGUGAUUAUAAUCGGCGCCAUCGUAGCUGCACUGAUAAUUGCCGUAAUCAUCGGCCUAAGUGCUUACGCACGUAACAGUGCAUCUGAUUCAAGAGAUGAUGAGUUUCUGGUACCGCCUGAUCCAGAAAACUUCCAGCCACCGUCGUGGAGUAAAUUAAGAACUUUCAAACGCGGUGCCGUUUGCGCGGACGGAGCGCCAUGCGCUGUUAUCGGCAAGUCAAUUCUAGAACGGAACGGAUCGGCGGUGGAUGCUGCGCUAGCAGCGCUAAUAUGCAACGGACUCAUAAACAUGCAGAGUCUGGGUCUCGGUGGUGGUUUUUUGAUGACUAUUUAUCAAAGAUCCACGCGCCAAACCUUCGUUCUCAAUGCAAGAGACCGCGCACCUUUGGCAGCGAAUUUUACGAUGUACACUGGCAAACCCGCAAAUGCGUCUAGAUUCGGUGCACUGGCAGUCGCCGUGCCCGGUGAACUCGCUGGUUACUGGGAAGCUCAUCAACAAUUCGGUAAAUUACCAUGGGCGGAUUUAUUCAAACCGAGCAUCGACCUCUGUGAAAAGGGGUAUGUUCUAACAUUAGUACAGUAUGACAGCCUUUUGUAUAAUAAGAAGAGCAUUUACAAUGAUUCAACUUUGAGAGAACUGUUUGUCGAUUCUACAACUAACACGUUUCGUGAACCAGGAUCAGUGAUUAAACCCUAUACGCUUUGUAAAACGCUACGGACUAUCGCUGAGAAAAACGCGACCGAAUUUUAUAACGGUACGAUUGGUCGACUUCUUGUCGACGAUUUACAAGAACAAGGAGGAAUUAUAACGAUGAAAGAUCUUAACGAAUACAGAGUUUCGUGGGAUCAACCGAUACAAACAAAUAUUUCAGGCGGGUUGGAACUCCUGACCACAGGAUUACCUGGCAGCGGAGCUCUUCUCUCGUUUAUUCUCAACGUUUUCGAUGAUUACGGAUUCACACCAGCCAACAUAGCUGACUUUAACGCGACAAUUCUCACGUAUCAUAGAAUGAUAGAGACUUUCAAGUAUGCAUUCGCGUUAAGGACGAAGCUGGGUGAUGGAACUUUCGUCGAUAUGACCGAAAUAAUCAGAAACCUGACAUCGAAGAGCUUUGCACGCUCGAUACGAAAGAAAAUAGACGAUACAAAAACGUGGCAGGAUCCACAGCAUUAUGGCUCUUCUGUCUAUGCUAAUGUUGAAGACCAUGGUACGGCGCAUGUGUCCGUGCUGUCGCAGAAUGGUGACGCGGUAUCGGCUACCAGCACUAUCAACUUUUAUUUUGGAAGCGGAAUAGUCAGUAGAAGAACUGGCAUUUUGUUAAAUAACGGCAUGGACGACUUCAGCAUUCCGUCGCAGAUCAAUUACUUCGGUGUACCUCCAAGUCCAAACAAUUAUAUUGCGCCUAAAAAGCAGUCGUUGUCCUCAAUGGUGCCAUCCAUUUUGGUCGAUUGGAACGGUGACGUGAAGAUGGUCAUGGGCGCUGCCGGUGGUACAAAAAUUACGACGGCAGUAUCGCAAGUGACAGCAAAAAUACUUUGGAUGGGGCAAACGGUCAAACAGGCGGUAGACUCAGCGAGGAUACAUCACCAGCUAUUUCCGCCUAAGCUGUCUUACGAGUACGGGAUCCCUAAGCAAGUGAUCGACGGUCUGAAACGUUUGGGACACGACACAGAACGCUACAAGUUUCGCAGCAGCGUAGCUUGUGUCGUACUGUAUGAAAAUUCCACAAUUUUUGCGAACGCUGAUUAUCGUAAAGGCGGCGAUGUGUACGGAAUCAAUUGAUUCGCGUGCGUGAGUCAUCUUCCAGUGAUUCAAUCAUGACUUUGUAGCAUAAACCUUCUGCGAAAGAUAAUAGAUUUUGUUCAAACAAUGCCGAACAACAUCUCGUGAUUAUUAACACCGAUGUAUGAUGAUCAAUCUUGUUACUGUUAUUGGCGAGAUUGUUCGUGUUGAAAGAUCGACAUGCCAGUAUUACCGUUCAAUAUAAAACUUUUACACUUUCUCGCUUACUGGUCGCAACUUGUUCUUACAUUGCUCUUCCUCCUUCUCACAUUUAUAAUAUAGCGAAUUUAUCUUCCCUUCAAUUUUCAUAAUA